GACUCCACAACGCUUUACUGAGUUAAAUAAUUUAUUUCUCUCACCUCCAUUCUUCCCCUGCAAAGUGAAAAGUCUCUAAACCCACCUUGAUAAUAACACUUGAAAUACCUGGUAUCAUCACAAGACCAACCUGUCUUGGCUUUCAUCCCAUCGAUAACUUCGUAAUUUCGCCCAAGUUUUUAUCUGACGAAGUUGCGCAAGCUUUCCUUUACUUGGACUUGGAUUUUGUUUGAUAUCUUUACAAUCGCCAUCGUUGGUGGUUUUUUGUCGAAUGCGACGUUAUGGAAGCUCUACAGCUAGCACAAAUGCUGGCUGAUCUCAACGAUCUCCAAGCUACCCAAGACCAAUCUGCCUCCAAAGAUCUGGUGGGCGCCAACCGGACACUCGACCGUAAAAGUCAACUACGGCUAGAGCAUGAACCCAGAAGCCUCAGCGUCCCGGCCGCUGAACGCGGGAUGAAUUCACCUGCCGGACGCAUGACGGACAAGUUUGGUCGUCGCAUGCUCACACCGCCAUUGACUAGAACAAACUCUGCAUCUCCUUCGAUGCCUGGGAGUCCUUCUGGAAAUGAGAGACCAGAUGCCGACAUUGAUAGAGCUUCCACGCUCCUCUCCCUAUAUGAAAUUCGGGCCAAAUUGAGAGAGCAAGACAACAGCGGCUUGGUGAAGGCACGUGAGAAGAUCAAUGCUUUAGCUGCAAAGCAACAGGCUCAACUGGCCGAACAACACAAGAAAGAGCGGAAAAAUACAAACCGACUAAGCUACCCCAAGUGAAUAUACAACAACACAGCUCGACUGGAUUCUCGGGAUACUCUAACGAACAACUGCAUCAUGGUUUUCAUAGGCGUUACAAAAGGACCAAGCGGACGAAAUGGAAGCGGAUAAGCAAGCCAUCAUGAACGAGCGUGGAUGCUCCUGGGAACAAAAGGCGUAUGAGCUGGCUGAAUAUGGUUGAGUAAGUCAUGCUGGGUUAACUGGGUCGGUUACUAUGAUUGAGAAAUGAUUAUUACAUGUAUGGGCGAACAUCGAUUUCGGAAUUAAUUAUAAUUUGGCAAAGGCGGUACACGAAUAUACACAACGAGCGCUCCACGGCAAUGAUUGGAGUCUGCUACGAUUUCAUAACCCUACCUUAUCCUAUUCUUGCUGACCGAUUAACUCUGAAGCCACCGAUGUCCGAGAGGUAUCGGACGUCCACGGUUAUCUCUCGCAGAGCAACAAAAAUGGGAUUGCCGGAUGUAGGUAAGAUGGCAAGAUUGGUAAGAUGACCUCACAUUGUUUAUUCUUAUUAAUCCACCCAUCUGCGUCAUAAGGGUCCUAUUUUUGGAUCUGAUGGGUUGCAGCUUGUACUACUUGCCAUUAAUGUAACUGAUUUACAUGUAUUCGGGUGUCCUUCGAAUAUUCUUCGGGGUGUUCUGAUAGGUAGGUGAUCAUAUUAAUAGGAGAUACACCACACGUAUGUUUAUAGAACGAUAUAAACUCGGGUAUGUGAUGGCUUCUAGAAAAAGUUUGAAUUGGCC